CCAGACUUCGAUGACUGACCAGGCAGCAUCACUAAAAAGUGGAUAUGGUGAAGACAAAAACCACUCCCCGCAGGGAGCACCAGUGCCCCAUGUGCAGGUAUCAGACAAUUGACAUGGAAAAGUUGAAAGCACACAUGGUUGACUGUGGCCUGAAACAAAUGAGUAAGCAACUCCGGUGCCCCCAAUGUAGUUUUACUACAAUGAGGAAAAACAACUUAACCAGACACGAUAAGAAACAUAUCAAGGAUCCCAUCACGUCCCUAGCAGAUGAGUCAGAUCCUGAGUCGCAGAAAGCGAGGGUAGACUCAGAUGCGGAAUCAUGGAAGGGAGCCGACCCGGGAGAUCUUGGAAGUGUUAUUGGGUACAUCACCUCAAGCGAGCCUAGUGACGAAGAAUCUGGCGAGGAUGAGGAGGUAAAGGACCCUCAGGCUCAUGUAGUAUCCCCUCAGCCUGAUGAACCAGAACUUAUUGAAACCGUUGAGCUGGGGAGAACCAUUUCAAAGCCAACAAAGCCCAGUCAAGUAUUUUCUCCGAAAAGGAAAAAUGAAAGUUGUCCUACAACCGUGUCCGCCAAAUACCUGGCGGGUACUAUUCCAAAGAAAGUGGCAAAAGUUUCAAAACCAGCGCCCAACAUGAGGGAAGUUAAGAAGAAACUGGCUCAGCACUACGCUCAGACUACCCAGUCUGCUCCUAAGGUGGGGUUGAUGGCGGGAUCUACAGCAACGAUCACAACUAGAAGCACCGGGGUACAAACCGACCCGAUGAUGAUAACGCUAACGCGCAAAACAAUCAGAAGGUUUCGGGAAGGUGAAACAGAAGUGGAGCAAACUGAAGUAGAGGAGGCCCGGCCCUAUUGUCCCACAUGUGUCCAGCUGCAGUGAGGGUACUAGCUGAAACUGCGUUUCCAUAUGAACCAUAACAUUUGCAAGACAACGUGCUAUGAUUUUAUUAGUUUGCAACUCCAGAUAGGUGUUAGACUUCGGCAGGCAGCGCGAGUCCUUUUGCUCAUAAUGUGAUUUUAUCAACAAUAUGUGUUCCA